CGCCAAACCAACCAAACUGUACAUUAUCCACAGUUCGAAGUGGUUUGAGUCGCCCGCGCAGUCGCAGUCGCGGCCUUAACCGCCAUGGGUCGUUCUCUUCGCUCGUUCUCUGCGUAUACGCACCCUUUUAUUGCGAAAUAUGCCCGUCAUACCGCCACCGGAUGUCCAUUUUCAAAACGCCAGCGUUCUCAAAUCGCGCCAACUGCUGAACUCAACGAGGAAAUUUUCGCGAACGCCAAACCGUACUCUGAAGUACCAGGGCCCAAGCCCUUACCAUUAUUGGGGAAUACGUGGCGCAUGGUCCCUAUUAUUGGACAAUUUGAUAUAUCGGAAUUUGCUAAAGUGACCAAAUUUUUUUUGGAGAAAUACGGAAGGAUUGUGAGACUGGGUGGUCUUAUAGGUAGACCUGAUCUUUUGUUUGUAUAUGAUGCAGAUGAGAUCGAAAGAAUGUAUAGACGAGAAGGACCCACCCCCUUUCGACCGGCUAUGCCUUGUUUAGUGAAAUAUAAAUCUGAGGUACGCAAGGAUUUCUUUGGAGAGUUACCCGGUGUUGUCGGUGUGCAUGGCGAACAAUGGCGCAGAUUUCGUUCCAAAGUUCAGCGGCCAAUCUUGCAACCACAAACGGUGAAGAAAUACGUUACACCAAUAGAGCUUGUCACUGAAGACUUCAUCAGAUAUAUGGAGGAUGCCCGCGAUGAGAAUGGGGACAUGCCACUCGAGUUCGACAAUGACAUACACCGAUGGUCGCUUGAAUGUAUUGGCCGUGUAGCCCUAGAUGUGAGAUUGGGUUGUUUAUCGAGUAAACUCUCCAGCGAUUCAGAACCACAGCGGAUUAUCAAUGCAGCAAAAUACGCGCUGCGAAAUGUGGCUGUUCUGGAAUUAAAGGCGCCAUAUUGGCGGUACAUACCCACACCGUUAUGGACGAAAUACGUGAACAAUAUGAAUUUUUUUGUUGAACUAUGCUCCCGUUACAUCAAUGAGGCAUUAGAGAGGCUCAAGACAAAGAAAGUGACAUCGGAGAAUGAUCUGUCUCUAUUAGAGCGAGUAUUGCAGAGUGAAGGAGAUCCCAAGAUCGCUACAGUCAUGGCUCUCGAUCUAAUAUUAGUGGGCAUUGAUACGAUAUCCAUGGCAGUCUGUUCUAUACUGUAUCAGGCGGCGACACGGUUAAAACAACAGGAUAAGAUGGCCGAGGAGAUUAGGAGGGUACUACCUGAUCCCAGCAAACCCCUUACUUACGCAGAUUUGGAUAAGCUGCAUUAUACUAAGGCGUUCGUCAGGGAAGUGUUCAGAAUGUAUUCAACUGUUAUUGGUAAUGGAAGAACUCUUCAAGAAGACGAUGUAAUAUGCGGCUAUCAUAUACCAAAAGGAGUUCAAGUAGUAUUUCCCACAAUAGUGACCGGCAAUAUGCAACAGUUUGUCUCCGAUCCUGAGGAGUUCAAGCCGGAGCGAUGGCUAGAGAGUGAUGGUCGACUACAUCCGUUUGCAUCUUUGCCAUACGGCUUCGGAGCUCGGAUAUGUCUUGGUCGAAGAUUUGCCGAUCUCGAGAUCCAAAUUUUACUUGCUAAGUUGCUACGUCGUUAUCGUCUGGAAUACCACCACGAACCCUUGGAGUAUGCUGUUACGUUCAUGUAUGCUCCAGAUGGUCCACUACGUCUGCGCAUGGUAGAUCGAUAAAUAAAAUAAUAUUGAUAACUAUUGAAUAUGCAAGGGACAAAUGAAUUUAAUAACUAUUAUAAGGACACAAGUUUAUUACUUAUAUUGCGUCGAUUAGUGUCGCUGCUAUGCAUAUAUGUAUAUCUUUAUACAUAUAUAACAUUUCUCUCUAUAUUAAAUAGAACAUAAACAGUAUUUUGUAAUUCAUCUUCGAAAAGUCUGAGUCGGGAUAGUAAUUCAUUGGGUUGCUACUAAGAAGAAUACAAAAAACGACAGACAAAAAAUAUUUAUAUUAUUUUUUUUGAUGUAAGAACCAUACUACACUUUCAUAUGCAUUUAAUGAAAAGCUAUUAAUUUGAAAUUACAGACACUUCAAUUUUAUUUAUUAGUUCCUUAGCCUACAUGUAUAAAUAAGAAUAAAUUAAUAUUGUUUCUAAAUGAUAGGUACAUAAUACUUCUACUUGUGUUUUUGUAUGGAUAGUUGAUAUAAGCUCCAUGCAUAAAGAUAUGUAAAAUUACGACAAUUUGUA